CAAUCAGCGACUAGAAACGGUGGUACGGGAACGGGUGCUCCGAUCUUCAACCCGAUCAACGAAUUUUUCGGUGUCGGCAGACGUGCUAAAAAAUCACUGAGUAAUUCGCUUCGUCUUUGUGAAUCUUUGUGAAAUCGCGAGGGCAGGCAACCGCGGCCGGCUUCCCAGUGUCUCCAAUUGAAAAGUGCGUUGGCCACUGAGCAAAAAAUAGAAAAAGCAAAAUGUCUGAACGAAAGGCAGUGAUUAAAAAUGCGGACAUGUCCGAAGAGAUGCAGCAAGAUGCUGUUGACUGUGCGACUCAAGCUUUGGAGAAGUAUAACAUUGAGAAGGACAUCGCCGCAUACAUCAAAAAGGAAUUCGACAAGAAAUUCAACCCCACGUGGCACUGUAUCGUUGGACGCAAUUUCGGCAGCUAUGUGACACACGAGACAAGACAUUUCAUUUACUUCUACCUGGGCCAGGUAGCCAUCCUCCUCUUUAAAAGUGGAUAAAUCGGUUUCUAAACUCUGUACUCUCUCAACCCUCUCACCCCUCUUCCUUUCCUCUUCCCCAGAAACCUAUUUACCAUGCCAUCUAUAAAAUAAAUUACGUUAUGUGUACGAACAUGAGAAGUUACUUUUCAAAUAGGAAGACUGUCGCCUGGGCAGUAGUUUCGCGGUGAAAGCGUUCCCAAGAUGGCAGCACUGUGGCGAUGCUCGAAAAAUUGCUCAAAAAACGGCUCGAAGUACUGUUGCGACUUGAUUUAAUUUUCCUUUAUUUACUGGUCCAGAAAAUCGGCAGACCUUAUUUUCUCUAGAUUCAGAUUGAAUAUCAAGAUUCUGCUGGAGUAAUGCAAUCACAUAUUUUACGGGCAUCGCCACUUGUUGUCACCAAAGGACAGCUGGCUCGUUUUCUACCGCGAACAUCAAUGUUCAAUGUACGAUCUGUUGAACGAUUUCUCCAAUUUUGGAGGUUUUUUUUCAACGUACAGCAGGACAGCCUUCGAAAAUUUCGGUUAAAAACCAAUAAGAAAAUUAUGGAACUGAGCACUCUGUCGGUGAUAGUAAAUUUCGAUUUGUUAAAUCGAGAUCAAUUUGUGAACUGUAUCAAAUUUCGUGUCUGACGACUUUGGACACUUUAACGGAGCAGAAUUUUGAAUUAGUGAUCAUAUGAAUAUUUCUCAUGUGUAGCAUUAAUUUGAUCACUAAUUCAAAAUAGCAGACUGUGAAAAGUCACCAUUAGACGAUAUAUUCGGAUGUUGACGAGAAUUUGGAAGUUUGUUAACUGAGAAAUUUCAAGCGCUGUUCUGGAAGAACGAAAGUCAAGUUCCGAAUGCCAGUUUUUGGUUCCAUGGUCUUUCGUUUAGAAUAAGCUACGAAAUAUGAGAAAUGAAGUUGUGUAGACGGAAGCAUUAGAAUUUUUUUUAUACUACGCACUAAAUACUGUAAGUGUAUAACGAAUGAAAACCAGUCGUUGUAAUACUAAUAUAUUAUUAUUAUUAUUACUUAAUAAUGUUAGAAAAGAAACUAUUCGUUGAGAUCGUUGUAUUUUGUAAACCUGGAGUGGGACUUUGUUGACGCUGUACCUCGAGGCGAUGCAUACUUAAAAAAAAGGAACUCAAAUUUAUUCAAAUCUCACUCGUUAUGCCUGUCGUCGUUUGUAUUCGUCUUUUAAUACUUCACGCUAUGAAUGCCACAUGAUCUUCUAUACGUAUUAAAAUAGUACGCAAUUUAUACACAAUUUCUAAGCGUUGGGCCUACGCCGUGGUAAAUUAUCGUGUUACCGUUUUUAAACUUAGCCUCAAGGAUGAGGGAUAGAAAGAUGACAGUUUUGCGAAGCAAGCUGUGAAUUCAAAUAAGAGUUCAGGUUUGAUUUUUUAUUGGAGAAGAAAGAGAGCUUUUUCAGCGUUUCGCUGAAUUCUUAGGAAAUUGUUAGUCUAAGUAGGGUUUUUAAUUGAUAACAUCUUAAUUCGGAACUUGAGCGUGGCCCAAUUGGAAUUCAGUGGUUUUCAGGAACAAAAACCAUUAGCAAAAUUCGUGUCCCUUUGCAAAAUAAAUUAUGGAAAAUUGAAA